GCAGAGGCGUGUACGAAUGCGCCCAGUGCGGGAGUGGGAGGCUUUUGUUGUGAUUCCUUCCUUAUUUUGGGUCAUUUCUUUCUGGCGUGCUCCCCGCAGCCCGCAUCACCCACAACACCUACUAUGAACUGUGAAACAUGUUUAAGAAGAACGCCACAUCGUCAGACGUGAAGAAGAGCCUCAGUAAAUGCCUGGACAGCAAGCGAGAUACGCCCACCAGACUUAGGCAUCUGCGAACCGUCUUGGAUAACACUGAUGUGGGGGAGCUCAAAUCUUUCCUUGAUCUCAACUUCAGCCCUGUGUUUCACAUCUUCUAUGAGGCGUUCAUCACCUUCGAGGGCAACCUCAAACAGAAAGGAACCUUUGCUGUACAGAAAAGCCACAAGGAGGACUUGGAGUGUUCCCUAUUUGUCCUUGACCGUCUCCUGUGCUUGCUGCCGGAGAGGUUUGAGAAGCGAUGGCAGUGCAACGCCCUCACUCACAUAUUCAAGAAGAUCCUCCACCCGGGAAACAUCGUACGUCUCCGCAGGGAUGCCAUGCGGUUGUUCAUCAUCUGGUACAUGAUCGUGGGGGACAACAAGACGCCAGAGAUGGACCGGAUGUUUGCCUCGCUGGUCCCUGGCUUCCCAACGCCCCCACCGGCCUCUGUGUCCCCUGACCUGGGCUGUGGGGGCAUCACCUGUCUGGAGCCCUCGCCUGUCAUCCCGCCGUCAAGCACUGAGAAGACCCCGCCAGAUGACCUCUCCUCUUACUUCCUCAGGACACUUCUCGACUACAUGGUCACACAGGUGCGGCGGGUGGAGUGGCAGGAGCGCACCCAGCAGCCCCGGGCCUUCUCCUACCUGUUCACAAUGUUCAGGAUGUGGUACAUGCCGCACAUCUUCCCAAACUUCAAUGCAGCAAAUACUCUCUACAAGCCAAACCUGGAGUUGCCUGAGCUGCGCAGUAGUCCUGGCGUGAGUCCGUACGGCACAUGCCAGGUGGCAGUGGUGGAGUGGGUGUGCAAGUUUGUGGUGGCCACCUCCCAGCGCAGUGGGCAGUCUGUCUCAUCAGCAGGUGAGGAGGACGGGAGGCGUUCAGGCCACAGCGAUGCACCAGAAGGCAGCACCAGCGACCAGGACUCCAUCACUUCUGCCUUCUAUGUCACUGAUGAGAUGGGGUCAGGGGAGGAUGCAGCGAUGGUGAGAGGGAUUCUCUUCUCCUCGCGGGACAACAUCAAUUUCAUCCACGAGCUGUUCCGCCAAGCUCUCUGCCUCAGCUUCCGCUGUGCCUCCGUCAUGAAGACCGUCAUCUUCACCUACAAGGACUGGAUACAGAUGAAUACUCCUGAGAUGCCUCCGUUUAUGCUGGAGCCUCUGGAGGGUGGGGCCGGACCAAGGGAUGAGGCCACGUCCCAGCAGGAGGGUGCCGCUCCACAGAGGCGUAUGAGGAAUGAGUCGUACCUUGGGGCGGUGAACAAGGACAUCCACAUCAGGGCAGGGCUGCAGAACGUGCUGCAAGUGUUUGUGACCAGUGUGGCCAACGUGUUCCUGCUGGAGGUGUCCCCUGAUUACCCACGCCUGUUGGACAUACAGGUGGACGUGUGCAAGAAUGUGGUCAACAUCUACCGCUACAUGGUGAUGAACACACGCAUGGAGCAGAAGACCUGGGAACAACUUCUAGUGGUCCUGCUGCACAUCACCUCCCAGACACUGUGCAGCCACCACACCUCACACAAGGAGGACUCUCUUGGGAGCCGGUUUGCACCAGCACUCUUCCAGACUCUGAUUGUGUCAUGGAUCAAAGCCAACCUGAAUGUGUCCAUCUCUGGGGAACUGUGGGACCAGCUGCUGCUUAGCCUGUCCUCUCUCACUCACUGGGAUGAGCUCAUCAAGGAAUGGGCGAAAACCCUGGACACCCUGACUCGUGUGUUGGCCCGCCACGUGUACGGUCUGGAGCUCAACAACCUGCCACUGGAUCGCCUGACGAGGCAGGGGAUCAUCAGGAGAGGCGCCAACAAGCAGAGUGGACUGGAUUCUGUGAGGAGCAGCUUUGCUCGAAGCUGGACCAGUGUGAGGAUGGAGCGCCAGGCUAACACCCCUGAGACCCACACCCCUGGACCCCCAACACUCACCAAUCUGCAGGAGGAGCCUCACCCAGACCACUCAGGCUCCCAUGGGAGCAAUGAGCGCAGUCCAUUUUCACGCAAGCGUCGGGGCAGUGCAGGCGGUGGCUCCCUCAAGGCCAGCACCAGUGGCAAUGGCAGCAGUCCCAAGCUGUCCCCCCACCACCCCUCCGACGAGCGGCCCCACACAUCCCACCAGCACCACCACUUGCACCAGUCGCACCACCACCACAACAGUCACCACCACCACCAUCACCAUAGCUUGGGGAAGAGGCUGUCGCGCUCCUUGUCUGAGUCUAAUUUACCUGUAAGGAGGCAAUCAGUGAGGGGACACAUGCAAGAUGAGUGUGAGAACCACCGCUUCCUGCAUGGCCCACGCUCCAAGUCCCUGGAGACACUCUCACAUGAUGAUGACUCCCGCACUCCCUCGCCUUCCCCAUCAUCUGGUGUGGAGUCUUCAUCUAUGAAGGACUCGCCGAUGCAGAUAGAGCUUGGAGGAGACACCACCAGCAUUGACACCCUGGAGGGAGGCCUGUCGUCCGAGCAGCGUUCAGUGAUGUCUGGCGGCACAGUGCGGGGUUGGCUGCCUGACGUGGCUGUGGUGCUGUGGAGGAGGCUGCUGGGCCUCCUCGGGGAUCCUAAUGAUGUGGCCUCUCCUCAGAUUCAUGCACAGAUAUUCAAGUACCUCUCAGACCUCACAGAGACACUGGUCAAGCUGCGUAACAACCAAAGUAUCUCCUUGGACAACCAGAGCAGCCCAGAACCACCAGAACUCAUACCUCCCCUCACACUGGUGGCUCCAUGGUGCUUCAGGGCCCUCACACUGCCUCCUGCCUUCCGCCGAGGCAAGACCAUGGCCUACAGGCUGCUGUGCAUCAUGAUGGUGCGGCGACACGACAUAGCGCCGCCCAGGGACAUGAUCACUCACUUCUACCGAGUUCUGCACCAAGGGCUGGUGGGGCAAGACCAGGAGGUGAUCAACACACUGGUGGGGGAGUGUGGGCCGAGCUUCUUCUCCCUUGGUCUGCCAGGCUCCUCCAUGCUCACGCUCGACUUUAUCUUUGCCACCAACACUGUCAUCACCUCCGUGGAUCCUAAAGUUCAGUCACCCAAAAUGGAAGCUCUGAGUCUGCUUGGAUCGCUGCUGCCGCUGUCGUCGCUGUACCCGUCCAUGCCUGUGCUCCAGCCCUCAGCCUCGGACCUCACCCUCAUGAACUGCUCCGAUGUCAAGGACCACCUUGUCAAUGUGCUGCUCAAGAGUGGGAAGCGUGAUGGGUGGUGGCGGACGAGGUCACUAGCCCUCUCCACCUUGGCCAUUUACCUCUACCAUGAGUUGGCCCACCAGACCUUCCACACCAAAGUGAAUGAGGCCAUCAAUGUGCUUCUGGCAUCCCUCAAGCAGGCAGUACCUCCCCAGCACCACACCAAGCACUUCAUCCAGAGUACCGAGAUUGGACGGCUGGUGGGUCAAGUUGCUGCCGACCUCCUGCUGCUCCUCUGUGAUCACUCUGAAGCCUUCCUCACACACUACCCAGACAUCCCUGCCAGGAUAAUACAGGUGUUGUGCCAGACGCUGGGGACCAUUGGGACAGACCAGAGCCUCACUGGAAGUGCUGAAGGCAAACACUUGGUGCUGUCGUGCCUCUUCUGCCUGGCUGAGUGGGUGAUGCGCAUGCCUCACCAGGUCCUGAUCCAACCGGCACAGGACCGCAAGCCCCUCCUGCAACACGUCUUCAAGGUGCUACACGUCAUAACCAGUGGGAAGAAGAACGGCCACUUCAGGUCCCCCAACAUUGAGGUGCUGGACUUUGAUGCUCAGGUGAAGGAGGAAGCAAGCAGAACUCUUGACUCUACUGCAAGGGGAGACUCUCUUAAACGAUCCACCUUCACUCAGCCUUGUACCUCCACCAUCCAGCUGGCAGCCAAGUCUAUCACCAGCCACAUCAUGAACCACCUGUGGCACUUCCCCCUGGGUGUGGGAGCCCAGCGACUCUCCUCCCUGGUGGUGGAGGGAGAUGAUGUGCCAGGACUCUCCAGUGAUGAACUCUCCUCUGAGGUGUUCCUGUCGCCCCACGUCCAGCUGUUUGCUCUCAACCAGUCAUGUCUCCUGUCCCUGGUGCAGCUCCCAGCCCUGCAGGUGCCUGGGGGAGCUGCCACUGUGGGUUUCAAGACUCCAAAUUCUGAGGUGAGACUCAUUCUGCGGGACUUGUCAGGGAAGUUCUCCUGGGAUGCCUCGCUGCUGUACGCCCCACCUGAUGAGUGUGUGCAGGAGCAGCCCAACCUGAAACACCCCCCUCACCCGCCCCACUCCCCGCACCAACCCACACAGACACAGAUGACCCAGCAGCAACAGGCCACCAUCACCUCUGUUACCACGAACUUCCAGACUGGUGCCAUCCCUUCCCCCAUGGGUCUGGGGGUGCCAUUCAGCCUUGCCACAGGCCUGGACGCCAGCCGGGAUGACACCAUGUCCUCCUCAUUGGUGGUGACGUCCCCACCACGCCACACCUUGCGUCACCGCCCCCCUGGUGUGCUGCCCACCCAUGAGGACUCAGCAGAAGACCUCGACAACCUGGACGAUCUGCUGAGUUACAUUGGCUACACGAGUCCUGAGGUGCUGGAACAGUUUGGCCAUGCGCUGAAUGAGGCCAUGGGUCCGCCACUCACCCUGCCCAUCGAGGCACAGCAUGACGCCAUCUCCUCCAUCCUGAACCAGCGCAAUGUGGAGAGUGACUUCUUCACUAGGCACUCCAUUGACCCAAACAUGGUCUGCCCCAGCUCCCACUGUCCAGCCCCUGUGGAGUCCAGGUCAGCCUUCCAGUUGGGCCGCCUUCUGUUUGACCAGCUUGGCCUUGGCUCGUGGGAGAAACGGCAGUCCAUCUUUACUCUCAAGAAGAAUGACAAACUUCUGCGGGAACUGAAGAACCUUGACAAUCAGAAAUGCCGGGAAACACACAAGAUGGCAGUGAUCUAUGUGGCUGAGGGACAGGAGGAUAAAAUGUCCAUCCUGAGUAACAGUGGAGGCUCAGCUGGCUUUGAGGAGUUUGUGGGAGGCCUGGGAUGGGAGGUGGAGUUGGCCACACACACAGGCUUCCUCGGUGGUCUGCAGCGCAACGGCUCUACAGGAGAGACGGCACCUUACUAUGCCACGUCCCUGACCGAGGUGGUGUUUCACGUUUCCACCCGCAUGCCUUCCUUCUCAGAGCAGAGCAUGCUGCAGAAGACUCGCCACCUUGGCAACGAUGAGGUGCACAUAGUGUGGUCGGAACACACGAGGGACUACUGGCGCGGCAUCAUUCCCACCGAGUUCUGUGAUGUCCUCAUUGUCAUCUACCCGCUCCCCAACAGACUCUACAGGAUACAGAUCUCCACUAAGUCUGAGGUACCAUUCUUUGGCCCACUGUUUGAUGGAGCCAUUGUGGCCCACAAGGUGCUGCCUGGCCUGGUCCGCUCCACAGCUGUCAAUGCCUCCAGGGCCAAGAGGAGCCGCCUUGCACUCUACCAGAACUUCUAUGAGGAGCGUGCCCGAGCUCUCAACACCAUCAUUGAGCAGUACAGUGAGGCCACCACCUUCGAGGCGUUCAUCUCCUCCGUGUACUGCCCCGUGUUUCCCACAACCUUCGCAUCGGGACCCACUCGUGCCUCUGGGACAUCUUUCUCCUCAAGGGUGUUUGAUGCCAACUCGGGCAGCACUGGCCUGGCUGCGGCACUCCUGGAUGGCCCGCAGCUGCCCCCCGGCCCCCCACAGCGACCCCCACUCACCCGCCCCACCAGCUACUCCACCGGGGAACAGCACCACCUACGGGAGAAAGCCAGAAGUGUGUUACUGAUGGAUCACAUGAAUAGUAAUGAAGACACUGGAUCAUCUCCUCGAGGGAACAAGAAGCUCUCCUUCAAGAACACCCGCAAGUCCUCAUCCUCGGUAGCCUCAGCUGGGGUUACCACCGCCGCCACCACCCCACCGGAAAGCCCCAUGCCACCCCCCAGGAGGCCCAAGGACAGCAGCGCACAACACACAGCUCAGAGGAAUAAGUAACAGUGCGCCUGGGCGGUGUGCACGUGUGGGUUCCCCUUUGGCACGUAUCACACAGACACUAAGAGGUGCUGGUGAGGUACUGGUGAGGCUCUGCUGGGUUUCUGGUGGAAUUCUGGUGCUCUGGGAGGGUUCAUUCAUGGUGACUGCAACAUUUUCACCAAGAACAUUAAUCUGUGGAGUAUUUAGGGAAUUCUGUAGCAAACUCAGAUGAAUGUCCAGAAAGUGGCAUGCUCAUCAAGCCAUGUAUUUAGACACCAAAAAUAUCAUUGUGGAAUAUUUAUAAAUCUUAUAGGAAACUCAAUUUCUAGAUUAUCCAAAGGUGGCGUCAGAGUCCAAGAGCCUGUGGUGAAGGUCGGUCUUACUGCCAGGAAAUGCAAUACAAUUUAUUUCCCACCUAUUUGUGUAUAUAUACUUAUAUACACAAAUAUUGUGUGUAUAUAAUAUAUACACACACAUAUAUAUAUAUCUUGGUUUGCUUGUGAUAAUAAUUAUCCCCAUCACAGACAUGCAUCAGACAUCACAGUGUUAAGGAAGCAGACUCAAGCUCCCAUGGCUCAGACUAGCUGUAGUGUGACGCAGUAUGAAAGACUCAUUCCUCCUCUGCCUCAGCAUGUAGUGGCCAAAAUCUGCUGGACACACUUAUGAUAUUCUACACGCUGAUGUUAUGCUGCCAUUUGCCAAGCCAAUAACUAAAGCCUAUAGUGACAGAUGAGACAGAUGGGGUUAGUGGUAGAGAAAUUGCAGGAUAAAACAGUGGGACCUUCUAAUCUUGAAGAAAUCUGUCACUGAAACAUGUGAUGAGGUGAACUGCUAUUUCAUUCUGUUUUACUCUGUACCACUAAUUCUGUCUAAAGCAUAUAACAUCAAGUUGCUAUAUUAACUUGAGGUAGUCACUCUUCUCUCCUUGUGGUAGGGAUAAGCAUGCAACUAUAAGGUCCACAUUCUCAAGUGCUUCAUUGUCUUAUCUUGACUAUUUUUAAUAGGGUGUAAUGGAAAUUAGCAUCAGUUUUCAGGUGUUUUUGGUGAUUCUAGUGAUAGUUUAGCAAAAAUUCAGGAUCAUGGAAAAAUGUCAUGGGAAAAUGUCAUGACUAAUCCUCUCUGCAGCCUUUGAAAUUAGUCCCGAUUAGAGCUUGAGAGGAUUAAGAAUGUGGACCUCACUGUCUUGGUCGGGUAGUAUUACUCUAUGCAAUACUGAAGGAGUCUGCGAGGUGCAUCAGUACACCAAUCAGUUCUAAUGCCUUUGUGAUUCUAGGUGAGGAUGAGCAGAGUUUUGCUUAUGUACAUACCUAAAGUUAUUGCUAUACCACUACAUACAUGCAUCAUUAUAUGGAGGACACUUUAAAACUCUCAGUAAGAAAGGUGUUAUUGUACACAUAGCUUAUUUACAGUCUUGUACAUGCUUCCAUAACAUAGUAACUUAAGUGUACCUUGCAUGGACAAGUGAGGAAGGAUGUAACAAGCCUAGAAAAUUCAAUCACAGUAGGAAGAGGGAGUUGCAAGGGUGUCUGGAGGCUUGUAUUAAGGUGUCCCUCAAUAGUUUCCUUUGAGGGCACAGACUCAUAGGCCGUUCCAUGCUUACCUUUCAUGAACAGGUGAGGGGGAAUGAAGCAAGCCCAGCUAUAUCACAGAAAAGACUAAGAAAGGGAGUUGCAAGGAUCCCUGGAGGCUGAAACUGAGGUGUCCAUUAUGUUAUUUUUUAAGAGGGCACAAAAUCAUAGGUUUUUACAUGCCCACCUUUCAUGAAGAGGUGAGGAAGAAUGAAACCUCCAUAGAAAAUUAAAUCACAACAACAGGAAAGAUUAAGGGAGUUGCAAGGAUCCCUGAAACUGAGGUGUCCCUUAAGACCAUUUCCUCAGAAGGCACAAAAUCUGUCGUUGUUCCUUCACAAAGUCUCAAAAAUGUAAAUUGCUCUUGCUGUGAAGUCUUGCUCGGCAUGUGCAGAGACCCACAUGUUAAUAGGAUGCCUUAUGUACUUUCUCACUGUGGAUGAAUCGCGUUAUUAAUCUAAGUUGCAUGAGAGACUUGGGUUCUCCUGUAUCUCUUAACACAGACCGUACCUUUAAGUGUGUUUUGCUAAGACUCAACAUCUGUGUAGCUUGUAUUUUGCACAGUGUUUUCUGUACCAAUGAGAGGCCUCAGAGUGAAGGGGUCAGUUCCCAUAUAAGUAUAUAAGCCUUUCAUCUCUGUUUGUAUAUAUAUAUAUAUAUAUAUAUAUAUAUAUAUAUAUAUAUAUAUAUAUAUAUAUAUAUAUAUAUAUAUAUAUAUAUAUAUUGUAUAUAUAUGUAUAUACAUACAUACAUACAUACAUACUAUAUAAUAUUAACUGAUUUUUACACUACAUUACAAAUUCUCCCAAAAUGAAGAGUGUAUUAUGAGAUACUUUUGACAUAGAUUCUCAGCUUUCCUUACCUCCUCCUCCUCCUCCUCCUCCUCCUCCUCCUCCUCCUCCUCCUCCUCCUCCUCCUCCUCCUCCUGAUGUUCCCAAAUCUUAGAGCACAAAGUUUGAUGCGUGAAGACUCUCAAAUAGCACAACUGUAAUCUGUCGUCAUCUUUUCAGUAGGUGCAUCUUGUUGCUUCACAAAUAAUCGCAUUCUGCCAGCCAACUCAGUCAAGCCACUUCUGGUAAUCACAUAUGUUUGUGUGCAUGUCAGUCUUUCUGUCUGUUUGUAUGCGGUAAAAACAGGUACACAUUCGGUAGUACUUCAGCAUCACUCGGUAAAGUUUGUAAACAUAGUUCAAUCCAACCAAAGACUUGCUGCCAUGAUUGGAAUGUGUGGGUGAGGGAAGACUUAGGAUGAAGUAGAAGCAUUUUAUGUCUUACACUUCAGCUGUUGCCUUCUUCAGUAUGUGGCUGAAAUGUUAGUGAAAAACAGUACUCUUGGUUCAUCCCUUGCUUCUUUCACCACCACCUCCCACUCACAUGUCUUACACAACUUGCUGCAGUGUGGGAUGCAUUUGAUCUGCUUCAAGUACUGCUGUCAGUCAGUCCUCUCAAGCUACAGUAGUGAGGCUUAAUUAACCUUCUGAGAGAUACAAGUAUUCCAUAGAUACAGUUUGCACAGAUGGUGGCUGCAGGUUUAGUCUCAGAUCAGUUUGUGUAUGUGCAACUAAUUGUGUUGUGUAUAGACCAAGGGUGUUGUGGAUUAUGCUCCUCAGAUCUUGAAAAUAUGAUUAUGUUUUCUAUUACUUUAUAUAUUUUUGUUAAUUUUUGUUAUAGUUUUAUUAAGUAGUGAGAUCAUAAUAUAUAUAUAUAUAUAUAUAUAUAUAUAUAUAUAUAUAUAUAUAUAUAUAUAUAUAUAUAUAUAUAUAUAUAUAUAUAUACCAGAAUUAUUAAUUUAAGUGAGGUGGUUUAAUUUUUCUAGGAAUUUAGUAAUAUAAACAUAGUGGAGAGCGGUCCGGAGGCUGGCGUCCCUUUGUUGCGGCAGGUUCUGUAGCUCUUUGAAGCGAAUGAUUGGCUAAUGCCCAGGUUGUUGUGUAGUUCAGCACCAGGGUCUCUUAUUUGUUGAUCCCCAGCCCUGUGGUCGAAGAGGGAGCAUCAUUUUAGGCCAAUUGAGUUACCUGAUUUGAUAGAACCACGUGAAGAUCAGCCAACCCAGAUAUUUUUAGGUGAGGUUAGAUUACACUACCUAAUGUGAUGUAGCUCAUACCUUAGAGGUUCCAGAUUUAAUCUUGGCAGGACAAAAUGGAAGGGCAGUUGCUACAUAGCCUUGUGUUUGUCACCUAGCAGUCCUUAGGUACUGAUUAUAUCUUGAAUAUUGUGCCCUUUCUUGUACAUCUUCCUCCACAAUACUCGUGUGGUGCCAGUAGAUGGAGAGAGUCACCUCUGUGAGGAUAGUUUCUGCUUACAUGGGGAAUCUAAAAGGUGUUUAUAAAUGUAAACCUUCAUUAGGCUCCUUCCUGUGAGCGUGUCAUUGUCCUUGGCCCUGCAAGCCCCUAGCCUAACCUAACACAGCACCUUGGAGGUGUCUGGCUUGGCUGAGCUCAUGUGAUCCAAUAGUUAUGUUAUAAUGAGUUUAUAGUUGUACUUAGAUUGCAGAAACUAUUAGACACAAGUAGAUGAGGUUGAUGGUGCAUGUGUUCUCAGUAUUUUAAGUUAAUUUUAAGUAUUUAUUUUACUUAACACUAGAUUAAUUACUGGUGGUUAUUUCUAAGCAGUUUUAUGGGGAUGAUUAAAAUCUUAUAUUAAGUAAUACGUUGAUUUACCGUAGCUUUAAUAUUAUUUAAAUUAAAACUAAUGAAUCACCUGGUAGUGACGUCAUGCAGCACGUAGCAGUGCUGCCGCCGGCCAGCCGUGCAGCACAGCCUGGAGUUACCACCACACAACAACAGCUUUAAGUCCCUCUGACAGCAUGUACCAGUCAGAUGUGGUAUUGUUGCACCAUUACACUCAUCUCACUAUGGCAGACAAAACUAUACUGUUCUAAUAAGUAGCAUUGUGUAAUAUCCACCUGUUAAUCUCUCUGAAACACCUCUCUCCCAACAGGAGAGCCUCCACCUCUCCCUGUCCCAACACUCCUUUCUUGCCUCUGCUAACAUCUGUUUUUACUUAUGGAUUAAGUUAUUCCAUUGCAUCUUCUAAGUGGUUUUUCUCUCCUAUAUGGAUUUUCACUCACUCACAUUUGAUUUUUCUUCAUGCUCUCAUUGUAUCAUUGUCAUAUACAUUACUAUUAAUACUGUUUAUUGUUAUUUCAACUAAUUUAACUGCCAUGUACAACCUCAUACCUUAUAGUGGUGAUAACAACAUACAUAGCAAUGAAGUAUGCAAUGUUACUUGCCAGAAAAAUGUGUGUAAUUUUGUGUGCCAGAAAGAGACUGAGUGUAAUGUUGUAAUAUUACCUGACACCUGUUGAUAUGUUUUGUUUUUAUAGAUGUGUCACUUGUAGUUAGACACACAAUGAUCUGCUUGUCAUGUGGACACUAAGUACAUCUAUUCACUUGUUAUAUGACCACAGAAUAUUUUCCCUUCUUUUCUGUGUCCCUCUGAUGUUACCAUUGAUCUGAUGGAGUACAAGAUGGAGUGCUGUGUGAAAGUCUAGCAUAACCCUGAUGGUCCAGCUUUGGGUCCCCAGAAUGUGUCAUGCAAGGCUUGGAAUCAGGCUGCCAUUUGUAUUUGUUCACCUUAGAAACAGAAGAGCAUAAGUUUUGUUGUGGUGAAAUGUUUGGCCUUACAAAUAUACAAACAUUUUCAAAUUAUUCAGGUCCAAAAAAAAUCUCAGUAAAAGUUUAUUGAAGAAAUGCAGAGGAUGGAAUUAACAUUUUUUUGAAGCAGAAAUUAGCACAAAUUGCUGGAUGAAAAAAUUGUAAACUACCAUGUGUUGAGAUUGUAUAACAAAGGACAGACUCUUGUUUGGAGUUAACUUGUGAGAAGCAUUCAUUAAUUCAUCACACCAUGAGGAUAGACUCAAGUUUGUGAUUAUCAUGGUGGGUGACUGUGACAAUUCAUCAUUGCGUGUUUGGUUUAAGCCUGUACAUGUGGAAGCCUCUUAUGCAGUUUCAUCUCUUAAGGAGUUUAGUGUGAUCUGCUUCUGCUCCCUUAUUGCCAUGUCUUGCUAGUUUCACCCCAGGACUUAGGACGGAGGUCUUGUGCACAUCCUCAAUAUUCUGUGAUACUAUUCCUUCCUUGGGCAAUGCAUGUCUUGAGCUGCUGCUAGUCCAGUCUGAUUACCUAUUUUAUUUAUUUUUUCUCAUUUCCUGGUGUGUAUUUCCAUGGAAGUUCAUAGGACUGUAUUCUUAAAUGAUUGUCAUCUUAUCUCAACUACUUUCAACAGACUGUAAUGGAAGUUUUGGUGGUUCUGAUGAUCAUGCAUCAUCAAUAGAAAGAAAACAUAAGAACCUGACAAAUCAUCCCUGUGGCCUUUGAAAAUAGUUGUGAUGGGAGAACAAAGCAUUUAAGAAUAUGAGCCAAGGUCCCAUCACUACUCAGGGCGAGGUGAACUUUUGAGAGCAACAUUGGUUCUCAGUAACACUUGAAGCUGCUCAUGGAAGGAAAGGUUCUUGGUAGGUUCUUUCUGUGCCCUCAGCUCAACACUUUGUUGUCUCCUGGCUCUGUGUUUUCUGAGGGGAAGGGAGACUUGUACUUAUGUUAUUCAUUAUGUGCUGUAUAGGAGUCUUUUACACUGGUAUGAGAAGAUAUAAUGUGAUUUUAAGCCAUCCCCAUGAAUAGCUUACUCCUCCCAUGCCCAAAUGAGGAAUAUGUGUGAUAUCAGAGUUAUUUUCUCAACAAAAUAAUUAGGUGACUGAAUUUUAUAGUUAGGUUUACCUGAAGAUCAUCCAUUCUAGCUUCUCUGGGAUAGGUUAGGUUAACUUACAUUUAGUUAGGUUAGUUAAGUUAGGUUGGAUUACCUAAUCUAAUUAAACCAUACUUAUCCUGAUAUAGCCUUACAUAAUCUAAUUUAAUAUUACCCUAGCUAAUUUUGGGUUAGUUUAGGUUAAGCUAGGUUACUGAAUCUAAUCUCACCAAACUUAUCUUUACCUAACCUAACAUUACCAUAACAUUAAUUGGGGUAACAUUUAAGUUAGAUAAUUUUAGGCUGGGGUGUCAAAUCUAUCUAACUGAACCUAACCUAACCUAACACACAAGAUCAUAAUGACAUGCUAAAACUCCUUAUCUGGAAAUGGGUAAGGUAAAAAGUUCAUGGCCAGAACUUGCAAAUACGAGUACAUUACAAAUUCUCACACCACCACUGAAAGAUGCCUUGUUUCACGCUCCGGUCGUAUAUUACCCAUUUUAUUCUUACGGAUUAGUGUUGUUAGAAGUUUGUACAUUAUCAAGUAUACGUUAACUAUUCAAGUACAGCCUUGUUGGAGACGCUAACGAUACACACAUGAUAUAUUCUUUACUGCCACUAGUUAUUCAUGCAGUCAAGGAGAAAUAAGCACCAUAGAAAAUAAAAAAAAAAAUAAAGAUAGAGAAAAAAACAAUAAUCUCUGAACUUGCAAAAUGUAAACAGUGGUCAGAGUAUUCAUCACAUUUAGCAGAGUUUAAGGUUACAAGAUUACCGAAUAUACUCAUAAUUUAAAGAGAGAGAGAGAGAUAGAGAGAAAGAGAGAGAGAGAAAAAAGAGAAAAUAAAAUAGUGUUGAUUGUUAUUUGAGCAGGAUUGGUGUGUCUGUUUCAUUUUAUUACCUCAGUUAUCAUUAAUUCAAACCUCCAUGUUCUUUAUAUUUAAUUACUAAAAGGUGACGGUGAUUGUAUAUAUGUAAUGUGCCGCAGUGUGGUGGUUCCUACAUAAUUGUGGAUCAUCUGGACUUAUUAUUAUUAUUAUUAUUAUUAUUAUUAUUAUUAUUAUUAUUAUUAUUAUUAUUAUUAUUGUUGUUGUUGUUGUUGUUACUUUCUGAUGUCUCAGCAAAGGUUCAAAUCCCAGUGGCUAUUGUAACAUUAUUAUUAUUAUUAUUAUUAUUAUUAUUAUUAUUAUUAUUACAGGUGCAAAGAUGACAUACCCUUGGUUGAGGUUUGCAAUUGAACACCUUUUUUUUCCCAGAAAUAAUUAUGAACAAUCAGGCAUGAAAAAAUAUAUGUGCACUUUCACAACUUAAAUAUCUUUCUUGUAUCUUCAUAAAUUUCAGUCAUACACAAUUUUGGCUUUGCAAGAAAAUUCACCUUCAUUUUU